AUGUGGAUCUUGGACUCAGCUGGGGAUUUUCUGAACGGGAAGCGGUUAUGGCUGCGUCCCGGGAAGCAGUAUCUCUUCGGGCGCAUCCUGUUGGAUGACGUACGCCAUGCCAUUCCGAACAAAUCGAUUUCCCGGAAGCACAUGCUUAUCGAAGUGUCCAACGUUGAGCCCCGCGAUGGAACUCGGACACAUGCGAGGACGAAGCUAUCCAUAACGGAUCUUGAUUCCAGUCGAGGUACCAUGGUAAAUGGCGAGAGGAUUCAAGGCAAGCAUGCACUCAAAGGAGAUGAGCAUAGCAUCAUGCUCGGGCAUUAUCCACAUGCCUUACGAAUCAAAUGGCAACCAGUGGUCCUCAGCUUCUCAUUUUCUUCCAAGGAAAUGCGGGUAAAAGAUCCUUUGGCCAAGGUCCGCGCUCGUCUCGAGAACCUUGACAUCAAAACCAUCAUUCCCUACCUAGUCGACCAAACCACCCACGUCGUACAGAGCAAGCGUAAUACAGCCAAGGGGCUUCAGGCCUUGAUCAACGGCAAAUACAUUGUUCAAAACUCCUACAUCGACGCACUCGUCUAUGCAACUACUCCCACUGACCUCGAGAACGAUGCAUCCGCGUCUCCGCUGGAACUCGACUUCGACUCAGCCUGGCCAGACCCAACAGAGCACCUCCCACCUGCCGCUAACGAGCCAAUCAGCCGUCCUGCUGCAGCCUUUGCUCCUAACCCGUCGCGCGUGAAUGUCUUCGAGGGAUACACAUUUGUCUUCGGUGACCCCUCUCAAUUCGAGAACUUACAAGCGGCGAUCAACAAUGGGCAAGGCAAGGCUCUUCUCUACCAAGUCAAAGAUGGCGAAACUACAGCGGAAGAAAUUGUACAGUACAUGAGGUCAGCUGCUGGUCAAAAAGGCGUCGGUGCCGAGAGAGAUGAACCAGGCGGCGUUGUACUUGUCCGAUUUCGUUCCAAGGGCCAAUUUGAGCCCUGGUCUAUCGACUUGGGCAAUGAAGUUGCUUUAAUGACGGACCAGAGAGUGAUAGAGCAACGGGAGUUCUUGGAUGCCAUUUUGGGUAAUGACGCCUCCCCGCUGUGUCGCCCACUUCCCCGCGAGGAAGGAGAAAGUCAGGCUCCUACUCCGGCACCGCCAGAGAGGCCUCCAAGAAAUACCGUUUCUCAUGCUUCUCUCUCAAUUUCACCACCUUCUGAAGAAAUACCCUCUGCCGCAACCCAAAAGCCAGCUCCACGGGCACGGAAGUAUGUGAGCAAAAUGAAGACUUUCGAUGACGGCUUCGAUAUGGAAUCAGUCCCAGUUUAUGUGCCUGACGAUGCCGCUCAAGAUACAACCGCUACUCAAGCCAUGGAUCUGGAGCCCGCACAGCUCAAUGAACCCAGUCAAGCCAUGAGCAUAGUUGAAGAAGAUGAGGAGAAUGACGCUGUUGCGGAACUCCUGCCGGGCGCGCGAGCCAUGAAGCGCCGCCGUGCAGAAAUGAGCGAGGAUCGGCAAGGGAUCCUUGACACGCGCUUGAAAACGAAAGCUGCUCCAAAUCCCAAACGUGCGAAGCUGGAUGUGAGAGAGGCUGCACGUAAACAUCGCCAAGAGGAAGAAGAAGAGCAACAGCGACAAGCCGAGGAGGAUCGCCACCUUUCCCAGGACGUGGACGUUGAAAAGUUGAGAAAUCUUGCCAUUGUCGAAGAGAUGGACAUCCCCGUCCGGGAACCCGCUGUACGAGAGGACGAAAGCUCCGAUCGUUGGGAUGACCGCUGGAAUGGCCGCAAAAACUUCAAGCGAUUCCGACGAAAGGGAGAGCCACAACAUGCUCGCCAGCGCAUCCAGAGCGUGAUUGUUCCGCUUGAAGAGGUGACUCGGAAGGACUUUGGCAUUGGAGAACACUACUGGGUCAGCACCAGCAAGACGCCCGGGGUGAGCCAGAGUACCAAUCGGGAGGAUCGGCAGCUCAGACAGGCCUCAAUCCAUGAAGACACAGCGAUAUCUCAAGCUGAAGUUUCCAUCCAGCCUUCAGCAACUCCAGACCCGACCCCUGAAUCACAAUCGGCGCCAUCUCGCAGUCGCAGUCAGAAGCGGCCACGCGAGACUCGGGAUUCAGACAAUGACGAUGAGCCUCGCUUCAGAUUCCGACGGAAACGCUAG